AUGGGCCCUCACUUUCCAAUGACCUGCGUUGUCCUCCUCGCCCUCCACGCCACUGUGUCACCAGCCUCCUUCAGUCCCGAGGAUUACGCCGCGGACGAGGCGGAGUUAACUGCCAACAGCGACACCAUCAUUUUCGACGACUACCGGGGGAAAGUUUGCGUGGAUGACAAUGGCUUCGUUUACAAACUGGGGGAACGAUUCUUCCCGGGACACUCGAACUGCCCGUGCGUUUGCACCGAGGACGGGCCGGUGUGCGACCAGCCAGAGUGCCCCAAGAUACACCCGAAGUGCACAAAAGUGGAGCACAAUGGAUGUUGUCCGGAAUGCAAGGAGGUUAAAAACUUUUGUGAAUACCGGGGGAAAACUUACAAGAUCCUGGAGGAAUUUAAGCCUUCGCCUUGUGAGUGGUGUCGCUGUGAACCAAAUAACGAGGUGCACUGUGUGGUCUCUGACUGUGCCGUCCCAGAGUGUGUCAACCCAGUCUACGAGCCAGAACAGUGCUGUCCCAUCUGUAAAAACGGUCCAAAUUGCUUUGCCGGAACGACGAUCAUCCCAGCCGGUAUUGAAGUGAAGGUGGACGACUGCACCAUCUGCCGCUGUCACAAUGGGGACUGGUGGAAGCCAGCACAGUGCCUGCGCCGGGAGUGCCUCAACGGACAGACGUUGUCAUAG